GCUGAGUGGGAGAAGAGGUGUGGUGUCAGCCCCCCUUCGGGGGGGGGGCAGGACAGGGCCUCGGGCCUGGGUGCUGCCUGGCACCUGGAAGAUGCCUGUGCCCUGGUUCUUUCUGUCCUUGGCACUGGGCCGAAACCCUGUGGUCCUCUCUCUAGAGAGGGUUGCGGGGCCUCAGGACACUGCGCGCUGCUCUCCGGGCCUUUCCUGCCACCUCUGGGAUGGUGACGUGCUCUGCCUGCCCGGGAGCCUCGUGUCUGCCCCAGGCCCCAUGCUGGUGCCCACAGGCCUGCAGACAGAGCUGGUGCUAAAGUGCUACAAGGAGACCGACUGUGACCUCUGUGUGCGUGUGGCCGUCCACUUGGCUGUGCAUGGGUACUGGGAAGAGCCUGAAGAUGAAGAGAAGUUUGGAAUUGCAGAGGACCCAGAGAUCGAGGAGCCUAGGAACGCCUCUCUCCAGGCCCACGUCGUGCUCUCCUUCCAGGCCUACCCUACUGCCCGCUGCGUCCUACUGGAGGUGCAAGUGCCUGCUGCCCUCGUGCAGCCUGGUCAGUCUGUGGGCUCUGUAGUAUUUGACUGCUUCGAGGCUGCCCUGGGGGCUGAGGUGCGAAUCUGGUCCUACACUCAGCCCCGGUACCAGAAGGAACUCAAUCUCACACAGCAGCUGCCUGACUGCAGGGGUCUCGAAGUCCGGGACAGCAUUCAGAGCUGCUGGGCCCUGCCAGGGCUCAACGUGUCUGCAGAUGGCGACGACGUGCGCCUGGUGCUGGACGUCCCUGAGGAGAAGCGCUUUGGCCUCUCCCUGUACUGGAACCAGGUCCCGGGCCCUGCAAAACCCUGGUGGCACAGAAACCUGACUGGGCCGCAGACCAUUACCUUGAACCACACAGACCUGGUUCCCUGCCUCUGUAUUCAGGUGUGGCCUCUGGAGCCCGACUCUGUCAGGACCAGCAUCUGCCCCUUUAGGGAGGACCCCCGUGCACACCGGAACCUUUGGCGUGCCGCCCGGCUGCAGCUGCUGCCCCCGCGGGCCUGGCGGCUGGACGCGCCGUGCUCACUACCCGCUGAGGCCACACUGUGCUGGCAGGCACCGGAUGGGGGCCCCUGCCAGCCGCUGGUCCCACCGCUGCCCCGAGAGAAUGUCACUGUGAACAAGGCUCUUGAGUUCCCAUUGCUGAAAGGCCACCCCAACAUCUGUGUCCAGGUGAGCACCUGGGAGAAGCAGGAGCUACAAGAGUGCUUGUGGGCUGACUCCCUGGGGCCCCUCAAGGAUGACAUGCUGCUGGUGGAGACACGAGGCCCCCAGGACAACAGAUCACUCUGCGCCUUGGAAUCCAGUGGCUGCACUCCACUGCUUAGCAGCGUGUCCACGAGGGCAGCUCGUCUUGGAGGGCCAUUACUACAAGAUGUGCAGUCAGGCCAGUGUCUUCAGCUGUGGGACGAUGACCUGGGAGCACUAUGGGCCUGCCCCAUGGAAAAGUACAUCCACCGGCGCUGGGCCCUGGUCUGGCUGGCCUGCUUACUCUUGGCUGCUGUGCUUUUCCUUCUCCUCCUCCUCAAAAAGAACCACGUGAAAGGGUGGCUGAGGCUCUUGAAGGAGGACGUCGGCGCGGGGGCGGCCGCCAGGAGCCGCGCGGCUCUGCUCCUCUACUCCGCAGACGACGCUGGCUUCGAGCGCCUGGUGGGCGCCUUGGCUUCGGCGCUGUUCCAGCUGCCGCUGCGCGUGGCCGUGGACCUGUGGAGCCGCCGCGAACUGAGUGCGCAGGGGCCCCUGGCCUGGUUCCACGCGCAGCGGCGCCAGACCCUGCAGGAGGGCGGCGUGGUGGUCCUGCUCUUCUCGCCCGGGGCCGUGGCGCUGUGCCGCGAAUGGCUGCAGGACGCGACGUCGGCGGCCGGGGCUCACGGCCCGCACGACGCCUUCGCCGCCUCGCUCAGCUGCUUGCUGCCAGACUUCUUGCAGGGUCGGGCGCCCGGCCGCUACGUCGGGGCCUACUUCGACAGACUGCUGUCCCCGGACGCCGUGCCCGCCCUGUUCCGCAGCGUGCCGGUCUUCUCACUGCCCUCACAGCUGCCCGACUUCCUGGGGACCCUGCAGGGGCCCGCAGCCCCCCGCCCCUGGCGGCUCGCGGAGAGAGCGGAGCAGGUAUCCCGGGCCCUGCAGCCCGCCUUGGACAGCUGCUUCCGGGCCCCGGGGACGGGACGCGGCAUGGGGCCUGAGGCAGAGAACAGGACUUGAAUAAAGGCAGA